UGCCCACAUGAUGGAGCUCCAGUAAAACCCUGGACUUCCGGUUCUGCAGAACGAGGACAUCUGGACACUCCGAGCCUGGAAGCCUCCUGGAUUCAGUCCUGUGCAUCUCUUCCCUUGACUGAUUUUCAUCUGUGUUCUCUUGCUGUAGUAAACCAUUGCUAAAACCCAAGCCAGCAGUCAUGGCGGCCAAACCAAAGCUCUGGUACUUCUGUGGCCGGGGCAGGAUGGAGUCUAUCCGCUGGCUGCUGGCUGCAGCUGGUGUGGAGUUUGAAGAAGAAUUUCUUGAAACAAGAGAACAACAUGAGAAGUUGCAGAAGGACGGACGCCUGCUUUUCGGCCAGGUGCCUCUGGUUGAAAUUGAUGGAAUGGAGCUGACACAGACAAGAGCCAUCCUCAGCUACCUUGCUACCAAGUACAACUUGCAUGGGAAGGACCCGAAGGAGACAGUCAGGAUCGACAUGUAUGCCGAGGGCACCCUGGACCUCAUGAUGAUGGUGGCGCUGGCUGCGUUCAAACCCCCGGAGGAAAAAGAGGAGAGCCUGGCUUUAGUCGUGAAGAAAGCCAAAACCCAGCACUUCCCGGUCUUUGAAAAGAUUUUGAAAGACCACGGAGAGGAUUUUCUCGUUGGCAACAAAUUCAGCUGGGCAGACAUACAGCUCCUGGAAGCUAUUUUAAUGGUGGAAGAACUUGAUGCUUCUGUUCUUUCCGACUUCCCUCUGCUAAAGGAAUUUAAGACAAGAAUCAGCAACAUUCCUACCAUUAAGAAGUUCCUGCAGCCUGGGAGUCAGAGGAAGCCGCCCCCGGAUAGCCACUAUGUUGAGGUUGUCAGGAAUGUCUUGCAGUUCUAAAGGCAGCAGUCUUAGGAUGGCAGAGUAAUGAACCAAUUACAGCAUUGGCUCCUGUCGCCAAGCAAAGCAAAUGGUGUAGAUUCUAGGAGUAAUCAAAGUGUAGAUUCUAAGAGUAAUGUGUCCGAAAAGAACAAAACCAUAUUGCCAUCAGCAGCAAAUGCCAAGU